AUGGCUAUUCGAUUGCAGUCUUUCCGGCAUCUGUCCUCCUUGCUUCUGUUUAUAACAGCAUCCGCGGCUACAGCCUCUCCUCUCAUCUCCCACCAAUUCAGUCACCCCUCUCCCACCUCUGCUGAUCGUCAUUCCACCAUCGUCAGCCAUUCGAACGAGCAGUACAAUGGUCGUCGCAGGCUCGUGCUGCCGUCGCAUCUGGCUCGCCCGCACUCCACGGACGACACAGAGCUGCCGUGCGGCGACGCUUGGCAGCACAACUACACCGCCUUCCACACCUCCGCCCGCGCUGCGGCGCGCGAUCCGUCGGCGCGGGCGCAGGAGAAGGCGGAGCUGCGGUACCUGACGUUCACGUGCACGCCGGGGCUGUGCGGUGGGAUCGGCGACCUGCUGAUCGGGCUCGUGUCGUCGUUCCUGCUGUGCGUGCUGCAGGAUCGCAUCCUCAUCGUCGACUACCCCUGGAUGCUGCACGCCUUCGAACCGAAUCACAUCGACUGGCGCCUCGGCGACGACGUCCCCAUGGACCCCGCGCGCCCCUUUCCGCCGGGCCCGCGAGACAGGCGCAGGCGCGGGCAGGCAGACCCGAACGAGGUGCAGGAGGGGGAGGUGCUCCGCGUGAAUCUGCACAACCGCGACCUGCCGAGCAACGUGACGGAGUUCUUCGAGCGCAUGCGCGCCGCGAGGAACAUCAGGCUCAUGUGGAACCGCGGGCUGCUGGUGCGGCUGUACGAGGAGGACGGUGCCUGGUGGCACGAGCUGCACAGACGAGGGCUUAGACUGCCGUCCGCAUUCGGGUGCAUUCUGCGAUACCUUAUCAUGCCGACGCCAGGGGUGCGGCACAUGGUGCGAGAGGGCAUAGCGCAGCUGACGUACCCGGGCACGGCGUCCAUCUGCAUCCACGUGCGCACCAGCGACAUCUCCACGUGGGAGCAGCCCAAGGUGGGCGAGAAGGUCAAGCCGCGCAAGGAGAACGUCAAGCGCCUCCUCAAGGGCUCCCAGCGCCUCUUUUCCUGUGCUCAGGUGGGUGGCCACAGCAGUUCUCGUGCUCUCUGCUGCCGUGCUUGGCAUCAUCCGUGUGUGACUGUGAAUUGUAUGUGGUGGCGCAUGCAGAAGCUGGAGGACUACUGGUAUUCGAGUGACGCCCCAGGCAUGGCAGUCAAGUGGGUGCUCAUGAGCUCGUCGCUUGGACUCAAGCAGGCUGCACAGAGGAAAUAUGGCAACCGGUUCACCGAUUUGUACGACCUCGGGCAGAAGCUGGGGUCGGGGCAGUUUGGGACGACGUACGUGUGUCGCGAGCGCUCGACGGGCAACAAGUACGCGUGCAAGUCGAUUCCCAAGAGCAAGCUGCUCACGGAGAAUGACGUUGAGGACGUGCGACGCGAGGUUGCCAUUCUCUACCACGUGCAGGGGCAGCCGAACAUCGUGAACAUGAAGGGCGCGUACGAGGAUCGCGACUACGUGCACAUCGUCAUGGAGCUCUGCACGGGCGGCGAGCUCUACGACACCAUCAUCGAACGCAUCGAGGCGCGCGGCGUCCCCUACUCCGAGCACGACGCGGCGGAGAUGGCGCGCGUGAUAGUGCGCGUGGUGGAGCGGUGCCACGCGCUGGGCAUCGUGCACCGCGACCUCAAGCCGGAGAACUUCCUGCUGUCGUCGCGCGACCCCGACACGGCGGAGCUAAAGGCGACGGACUUCGGGCUGUCGUGCUUCUACAAGGGCGAGGGCAUGGCGCGCCACUGCGGCUCGCCCAUGUACAUGGCGCCCGAGGUCGUGCGCUGGCGCUCCGCCACGCAGCUCAUGGUGAAGCGCCCCGCCAAGUACGGCCCCGAGGUGGACAUCUGGAGCGCGGGCGUCAUCAUCUACGCGCUGCUCUGCGGCUUCCCGCCCUUCUACCACAGCAGCCAUUCGACGAAGGAGAUAUUCAAGGCGGUGCUGCGCGCGAACCCGUCCUUCUCCAUCCCGCCGUGGCCGUCCAUCUCCGACCAGGCCAAGGACCUCCUGCGCCAAAUGCUGCACCCCGACCCCGCCAAGCGCCCCUCCGCGCACGAAGUGCUCUGCCACCCGUGGCUGGCGGAGGCGGGCGUGGCGCAGACGGAGCCGCUGCCGCCCGUGGUGCUGACGCGGCUGAAGCAGUUCACAUCGAUGGUGAAGAUGAAGCGCAUGGCCAUGAAGGUGAUAGCGGAGGGGCUGAAGGAGGAGGAGAUCCGCGGGCUGCGCGAGCUGUUUGAGGCGAUGGACACGGACGGCAGCGGCACCAUCACCAUGACCGAGCUGCGUGAUGGGCUCAAGAAGUACGGCGCCAACCUCAGUGACGCUGAGAUCAGCAGAAUCAUGGAGGAGACGGACAUAGACCAGAGUGGGGAGAUAGAGUACGGGGAGUUCCUGGCGGCGACGCUGAAUUUGAGCAAGAUAGACAAGCAGGAGAACCUGCUCAAGGCGUUUGCCUUCUUUGACACGGAUGGCAGCGGCACCAUCACGCUGGACGAGCUGCAGAAGGCGUGUGAGCAGCUCAAGAUGUCCACCGCCGAGGUCGAGGCCAUGAUGCGCGAGGUCGACGAAAACAAGGUCUCGCGUCUCGCUAUCGGCCACUCGUCCCACCGCACCUCCGCGCGUCGCAUCGAUUGCAAUCCCGCAUUCGCGCCAUGUGCCAGCCACGCGCCCUUCUCCGCCGUUGCGCCAUCAGCAAUCAGGACCCGCCCGCUCCGCGCCAAUCAGAACAGUCGACGACCACAUUCGAGGCGGCUGAUCGUUCGUGCGACAGAAAGCGACGAGGGCGCAAUUGCACGCCGGGUGGAGGAAACGCAAGGCGGGGAGGCGAGCAGCAGGGGCGCUGGUGAUGGCGCAACGGGGGAAACCGCGGGUGAUAGUGGCGGAAAUGGUGCUCUUUCGGCGGGGACGGGUGUGAAUUCCGCGGAUGCGCUGGUCGUCGCGGAUAGUGCGCGAGGCGAGUCAGCAUCGUCGGUAUCGGGGGAAGAGGCAGCGGCGGCGUCGUCCCCCGGGUGGUGGAGCGGCGUGUGGGGCGCGGGGGGCUGGCAGAAGCGGUGGAGCAUCGUGGUGCUGUGCUUCUUCGCCUUCCUGCUCUGUAACAUGGACCGCGUGAACAUGAGCAUAGCGGUGCUGCCCAUGGCGGAGCAGUUCCAGUGGUCGCCCGCCACCGUGGGGCUCGUGCAGUCCUCCUUCUUCUGGGGCUACCUCCUCACGCAGGUGGCGGGGGGGGUGUGGGCGGACACGAUAGGCGGCAAGCAGGUGUUGGGAUUCGGGGUGGUGUGGUGGUCGCUCGCCACCGUCCUCACGCCCAUCGCCGCCUCCCUCGGCCUGCCCGCACUGCUCUUUGCGCGCGCCUGCAUGGGCGUCGGCGAGGGAGUGGCAAUGCCAGCGAUGAACAAUCUGCUGUCCAAGUGGGUGCCGGUGGGCGAGCGCAGUCGCUCCCUGGCGCUCGUGUACAGCGGCAUGUACCUGGGCAGUGUGGCGGGGCUGUCGCUGUCGCCCGCCAUCAUCCACGCCUUCGCCUGGCCCUCCGUCUUCUACUCCUUCGGCUCCCUCGGCCUCGUCUGGUUCGCCUGCUGGCAGAUCAAGGCGUUCAGCUCGCCCGCGGAGGACCCCAGUGUGUCACCCGCAGAGAGGGCGCUCAUAGCAGCCGGGGGCGCACAGAAGGGGCAGGGCGCGGGCAAGGCGCAUGAGGGGGGAGGGGGCCCGCACCUGGAGGGCAGUGAGCCGCUGCGGCUGUCGACGAUCCCGUGGCGGCUGCUGCUGAGCAAGGCGCCCGUGUGGGCCAUCAUCAUCUGCCACUUCUGCCACAACUGGGGCGUCUUCAUCCUCCUCACCUGGAUGCCCACCUACUACCAUGAUGUGUUGGGGUUCAACCUGACAGAGUCGGGGCUGUUUGCAGUGCUGCCGUGGCUCACCAUGGCCAUCGCCUCCAACGUCGGUGGAUGGAUCGCCGACACCCUCAUCGCCAGGGGCCUCUCCGUCACCCUCGUGCGCAAGGUGAUGCAGAGCAUCGGCUUCCUGGGACCGGCCAUCUGCCUCUCACUGCUCUCCACUGUCAAGUCGCCUGUGGCUGCCAUCGCCCUGCUCAUGCUCUCCCAGGGCACGGACGCCUUUUCCCAGUCGGGGCUCUACUCCAACCAUCAGGACAUCGGCCCGCGCUACGCGGGCAUUCUGCUGGGGCUGUCCAACAGUGCUGGUGUGCUGGCGGGGGUCUUCGGCACGUACGUCACGGGGCAGAUCCUUCAAAACGGGUCGUGGGACGAGGUGUUCACGGUGGCGGUGGCGCUGUACCUGGUGGGCACCGUUGUGUGGAACGUCUUCGCCACCGGGGAGAGGAGACCGAGCACCCUCCCAGCCCCCCUCUCACCUGCACCAGCGCUGCCAGGAGUGUCGUUGCUCCCCGGCACUCGCACGGGGGCGGGAGGAGCCGUUGUGCCCUCAUCACUGCCAGGAGGCGGAGGGCUGUUAUCGCUGCCAGGAGGAGCAGCACUCGGAGUCGGCGCCGAACCGAUCAUUGGUUCCGAGGCCGGAGCAGAGGCUGGGGCCGACCCUGGCGCUGCAGCAGGCUCGGAUGCUGGCGCUGGGGCAGGGGCGGGACCAGAAGGGGUGGCGGCAGCAGCAGGGACAGGAGCAGGACCCGAGGAGGAGGAGGGGGCAGGGGUGGGGGCGGCGGAAGGCGCUGAAGCUGGGGAGACCGAGGAACUGGGCGCGGCAGAGGGAGUCGGCGCGAGUGUGGGCGCGGACGCAGGGGCAGUGGCGGUGGGUGCCGGAGCCGGGGAAGGGACUGGCGCGGACGGCUGUUGCGAUAGAGUUGGUGGCGCGCCCAGAGCGAGCAGGAGCACCAGGAAGACGGCGGGGAGUGCGGAACCCAUCUCGGCUCAGUGGGGCGACGAGGAGGUGAGCCUCAGGAGUUGCGCUGAGUAUGAAUAA